AUGGAGUGGGAGGACCAUGGGAAAAGGAAUGGGAUUGCCGAAGCCCAGUUAGAAGUUGACAAAGCUAGAACUAUGUACUUUCAAGCUGCAAAGGCAGAAGAAAAAGCAGAGCAAGCAAAAGUCUCCAAGAAACAACUUGAGAAAAAGGCAGCACUCGACAAAGCAUGCAGCACAGCCAACACAGAAUCCAGCACAGCCGACCCAAAAAACACGUCACUGCAGGUGCACAACAAGUGGGCCACGAGGCAUGAUCUCAAAUUGCAGAGCAAGCCAGGGACUGCACACGCAGACCAUGAGCAAGACAGCAAGAACGACCCACCAAAGCCAGAGUCAUUUGGACACACAGCCUUCCUUAGCCCAGAUGAGCAAUGCCCGCCGAAAAAGCGAGGUCGCAAGCCAAAGGAAAGCACUGCAACUGGUGGUUCCAAGGGUUCCAAGGUUGAUGAGGGUGAGAGUUCCAAAACAAAGACAAGGGGAAGAUCUAGGGUACGUAAGUCAAAGGUUGACAAAGCAGCAGAUGAGGAGAAUGAAGCCCCGCCAACGAAAAGGCCCAGGAAAAAAUCAACUGCAGGGAAGGAUGCAGGCAGUGUCAAGAAAGCACCCAAGAGAGUUAGCUUGCCUGAAGGUUCUCCAAGCGAUGAGUCUCCAACCACUGCAAAGAAAGACAGCCCUGCAAGCAGGAUGUGCGAGUAUCUACGAGAAGCAAAGAAAGCAAGACUAGCACGAAUGGAUGCAGAUGAAACUCCCCAGCAUGAGGAAUCAGGAGAUGGCACGAAAACCAAGAAGACCCGCAAGAGCAGAAAGGCUGCAGAUGUGACUCCCUGCGAUGAGAAACCCAAGAAAACCCGCAAGAGCCGAAAGGCUGCAGAUGAGAUUCCCCGCGAUGAGAAACCCAAGAAAACCCGCAAGAGCCGAAAGGCUGCAGAUGAGAUUGCCCGCGAUGAGAAACCCAAGAACACCCGCAAGAGCCGAAAGACCGACAAGCCCGAGAAUGCCCCAACAAAGGUUCGAAAGACAGGAGCCGCCAAGACCAGGAAAGAAAAACCUGACAACAAACCUGCAAAGAAGACCACGUACAGUGCUGAGAAAAAGGCAGAACUGAGCCGAAAGUCAAGUGCCUACCAUGUUGCGUUCAAGCACACAGAAGGGACAGAGGAGGAGAAACGUGCAGCAGCAAGGAAGGUACUGAUGCCACUCUUCGAGCGCUUUGCUUCCAGGGCUGCGUCGUCAAGUACCGGCAUCUGCAGCUGGUUCGGUUCAGAGACUCCUGGUGCCAAAGGGCAGCUUCAGAGUGGUGCAAUGGGGGUGAAGCGGAAGGAGAGUGUUAUCUUCAACCUAGCCCAUAUGGGCGCGCCAAAGGUACUGCUGGGAAUUAUUUUACUCUUGGGCUUCACCAAGGGUGUAGACAUCAACGAUAUGUCGUUCACCAUGGUGGAGUACUUCUCGGGAAAAGGCAAUGUUGCUGGAAUGUUCAAAAAGGACCCCAAUCACAGAGUGGCUACGUUUGAGCUGAAAGAUUCUAAAGCUAUGGAUAUGAACUCUUCAGCGGGAUUUGCGUUAGCUUUGCUGCUGGCACUGCAGUCAGCACCUGGUGCCUUGCAUUUGCUAGCGCCGGUCUGCUCAUCUUGGACACGAAUUUCCCGGGGGUCUUCAUGGCGAACCUGUAUCAAUGUUUUUGGUGACCUCUCCAAAGAAUUUGUCACUUCAGCAUUUCUGAUGAUGUCAAGGGUGACGCUCCUCAUGUUAGUGAGCAUCGCUGUUCAUGCUGUUCCCCUAUGCGAGCAGCCAAGCGGUUCUGACGACGUGUUCCCACACCACCCAAGAUUUGCUUGGCUUUGCAACCGUGUUGCGAUCGUAUUUCGUAACAGCUUUUGGAUGGCCCACCACGGAAGCAAGAGUCCAAAAAGAACAACAGUUUGGAGUACUAGAAAGAUUGUGGUUGCCAAAUUGGUUCCUACCUCAGACGGUUUGGUCUCCGAGUGA